GAGGAGUCGGCAGUGAAUUCGACGACGACACAGGUCGCCUGCCGCACCAUGAUCGAAGGAAUCCACCCCGUCUUCCAAGCGAUUCUCGGCACAUUCGUCACAUGGGGAUUGACAGCGUUGGGGUCAGCGUUGGUGUUUGUCCUGGACGUCGAGAACCGUGCGUUGUCGCAGAAAAUCCUCGAUACGAUGCUGGGCUUUGCGGCGGGGGUGAUGCUGGCAGCGUCGUACUGGUCGCUCUUGGCUCCGGCUAUCGAAAUCGCAGAGGAGUCGCCUCUGUAUGGCCCCGAAGGCCGAUGGGCCUUUUUUCCUGCAGCGAUUGGGUUCGGUCUCGGUGCAUUCUGCAUGCUGUUCACGGAGCGAUUGCUUCCAUUCCUCGGUCUUGGAUCAAAACCCGAGAACUGGGAGAAAAAAGAUGAUGAUUUUUCAUACCACAACGUGAACAAAAAAGGAGGUAGCGACGGCGGCAGCAACGUUCGCCGCCGCAAGCCUAGCGACCACGGAGUCCUUCCAGACGACGUCGAAUCUACUGGCCACGACGAUGCCAUAAUGAGCUUCGUGUCGGCCAAGGACAUGAGCUAUCGCCGCGUGAUCCUGUUAGUGAUCGCCAUCACAGUGCACAACUUCCCCGAAGGGAUGGCGGUGGGUGUGGGGUUUGGGAGCAUUGGCCACGCUCCUGGUGCAACGUUUUCGAACGCCGUGAACCUCGCCAUCGGCAUCGGUCUUCAAAACUUUCCAGAAGGUUUGGCUGUGUCCAUGCCGUUGCGCCGCGAAGGCAUGCCUCCGUUCAAAGCGUUCAUGUGGGGGCAGUUCAGUGGCGUCGUCGAACCCAUCGGCGGGCUCAUCGGAGCCGCAGCUGUGUUGUACGUCCAGCCCAUUUUGCCGUACGCGUUGUCGUUUGCCGCCGGCGCAAUGAUUUUUGUCGUGGUCGACGACCUCAUUCCAGAAGCCCACCAGAGCGGCAACUCCAAACUCGCGACCAUUGGCACGAUCGUCGGCUUUAUCGUCAUGAUGACCAUGGAUGUUGCACUUGGUUAAAUUGUAUCAACCGUGUUUGAUGCGAUUGCUGCAAGGACAUCGGUGGUGUGUGGCUACCCAUGGCAUGCAUGUGCAUCGGUACUCUGAAAUGCCUACCUGAACAUGGUCAUGUAUGACCAGCAACAGAUUAAUGAGUUCACGGAGAUGGUGCAGUCGUAUAGACAAUGCUUUGACGACGAACAUACAAGCCAU